AUGUCGAAUGUGCCCGAUGUUGAGAAGGACCAUGCCGGCAGCGAUUCGGUCAAUGGUCGAUAUGACCUUCAUCAUGAUCAUCACGACAAUGACACUGCCCUCAAGAGAAUCCGGACGGCCGGAAGCAUCUCUAUCACUCCGGAGCUCUUUGAGAAGAUUUACCUUUCCCCCAAGAAUCAGGUUUCCAACAACAUUCGAUCCACCUUUGGGAAUCCCACUCCUCUUGCGCUUGUCGGUUUUCUACUCUCUUUGACUCCUCUUUCCAAUAUCCUGCUCGGAUGGCGAGGUGCUGGAGGCCUCGGUGCAGCCGAAGUUGGUGUUUACUACUUUUUCGGCGGUCUUCUCAUGGUGCUGGGCGGGCUUCUCGAAUUCAUUUUAGGCAACACUUUCCCAUUCGUUGUGUUUGGCUCAUUCGGUGCCUUCUGGCUGUCGUUUGGAGCGACCUUGACUCCUUAUUUCAACGCAUCGAUCGCCUAUGAUCCCGCGCAUCCCGCUCAGUCAUCAUCAGAUCCCGUCUUCGCCGCUACAUUUGCCUACUUCCAUGUCUACAUGGCCGUGUUGUGCUUCAUCUACAUGGUGGUGGCGAUCCGCACCAACAUCAUUUUCGUCCUCAUUUUCGCCACUCUGGUCGCUGCUUUUGGUGUUCUCGCUGCAUUCUUCUUCCAAGUCGGUGAAGGCGUUGCCAAUACCGGACUUCAGCACGCUGCCGGAGGCAUCACCUUUGUGACUUGUCUGUUGGGAUGGUAUCUCUUCUUUGUGCAAUUGCUGGCAGCAGUGGACUUCCCUCUCAACCUUCCUGUUGGUGAUUUGAGCCGAUUCAUCAAGGGUGCCAGUGAGAGAGCCAAGGGCGAAUAA